UAUUAAUACCUACCUACGUUUCUUCCUUUUUUUUUUUUAAUUUUUUUCUCUCAAUAUCAAAAUAAGUUUCUUAUUAAUCUGGAAAGAAAAAUCCACUCAGAUCUUUUACUUUUUGGAAUUUUUCAUUACAUGUAAAAGCAGUCUUGUUUCAUUUUUAUUUGUUACUAAUCAAGCUUUAAUCAAAUUGACUUUUGGGAUUUGUUGGCAGAUUGAGAUAUAGAGAAAGAAUCAGAGUUGGAUUAAUGGCGAUGAGCAAUGGUGAUUGGCCUGCGGAUAUGUUGACUGAGAUUCUCUUGAAAUUGCCUGUCAAGUCUAUCCUUCGUUUCAAGUGUGUGGCAAAAACUUGGUGUGAUCUCUUUCAAAAUCCCAGCUUUGUUUCUCAGCAUCUUAGCAUUAGCAAAAAGAAUAAGCGUCUUCUUCUUUAUUAUCACGAUGACAACAAUGAUAAUAUUCUUAUGCGUUUGUUUGUUGAUCAAAACCUUGUUUCUUAUCAUGAUUUGCAUCAACAAUUGCCCUCACAUAUUGCUGAUCUCUAUGUUUUUGAGUUACGUGUGGAUAAUGGUUUAAUUUGUUUAUGUGAUGAGGUCAAUUGUCGCAUAACUCUAUGGAAUCCCGCCACAAGAGAAUUUAGGAUUCUCCCUGAUUGUUAUCCGGACAUGUCACUAAAAGGAAAUAGUAGUACAGAUAUUCUUGGAUUUGGAUUAGAUCCUUUGUCCAAUGAUUACAAGGUGAUUUAUAUGGCGUAUUAUCUGAUGUUAGAGGAUAUUGUACGACCACCUCCACCUCGCUAUGCCGUUUACCGGAUGAGCACCGAUUCAUGGAGAGUAUUGAAAAAGGAAGAUGUUCAGUUCUUACAAGACCUAUCUUUUUGCUGCGGCAACGAUAACGCAUGUGUAAAUGGUGUUUGCUACUGGGACAUAUCCAAGUUUGGCUCUGACAGUAAGAUCCUUGCAUUUUAUUUGAGCACUGAAGUUUUUCAAUUGAUGGAGUCACCUUGUCCUAAAUCUAGUGGGAAGCUGCUUCCAUUACAUGAUCGUAUAUCUUUUUGGGAUACUGAGAUGAGGGAUAAAAGUGACAAAAGUAAUGAGGUUUGGGUGUUGAAUGAGGAUGGGCAGUGGACCAAACUUUUGAAGAUUGAACCUAUUUUAGAUGUUGAAAGGAUGUUUGGGUUUUGGAUCAAUGGUAAGGUAUUCGUAGAAUCCGGACGUGGACAGUUAUUGCUUUAUGAUCUUGAGAAUGAGGAAUUCAGCGAGCUUGGUAUUAAAGUCCAGGAAGGUGGAGAAGAUCUUCUUCGGGUUCACAGUUACGAGGAGAGUCUUGUUGUUAUCGAAAGAGUGUGAGUUCUUUUUUAUGGUUUAUACA